AUGGCAAAACGCAAACACAUAGUUUGCCUGGGCGGCUUCCGGAGGUCCAGGGUGUGGAGCGGUUUCCUCAGCACGACGUUCGUGUUGUUCUGGCUGUUCUCCAGCGGGGACUUCUCCUUCCUGCUGACGCUGUCCUCCAUCGUGAGUGUGUUCAGCUUCCUGAUGGUGGCCAUGAAGAUAGAGGCCACGCAGUCGGUGAAGGGCGUAUCUCUCAAGAUGAUGGAGUGCUACAUCCUCAUCUUCCUGGGCCGCCUGAUCGCCAUUGUCCCCUUCGAGGGGUACCUGCCCUUCGACAAGUCUGGUGACUGGCUCUACCAGGUCUGCGAGGCCAUCGGAUUCUGCCUCGCGGGAUCCAUCGUCUAUUUCAUUCGGUUCCGCUACGGGGCCACGUAUGACCCGUCUACGGACACGCUGAACAACGUCAUGCUCAUAGCGCCCGCUUUCGCCCUCUCGCUGAUCAUGCACCCGAACCUGAACGGCUUCCUGCCAUCCGACAUCAGCUGGGCGUUCGCUCUCUACCUGGAGACCGUCGCCGUGCUGUGCCAGCUGUUCAUGUUCAUGAAGACGGGCGAGGUGGAGGCGCACACGUCGCACUUCCUGGCUGCGCAGGCGGGCGCAGACCGGCCGCCGGCGCCGUCCGUCGUCGCCCGUCGUCGCCGUCCGUCGUCGCCAGUCGUCGCCGUCCGUCGUCGCCGUCCGUCGUCGUCGCCGUCGUCGUCGUCGUCGUCGCCGUCAUCGCCGUCGUCGCCGUCGUCGCCGUUGUCGUCGUCGUCGCGGCGGCGGGUCGCGGCUCGGGAUGGUGGCCGGGACGGGCCCUGGCAUGGCCCUGGGACCCCAGAGGGCGAGGGGGGCGGGCUUUGGGGAGGCGGGGUUGGGGUGGGAGCUUCUUCAAAGUCUGCGCGGGCCUCCGUUGGUAUUGUUGUUCCUUUCUCUCUGGUCGAGGCGUUUGCGUAG